AUGCGUCCUAUUUUGCUUUCCGGCCAUGAGCGGUCUUUGACCCAGAUCAAGUUCAACAGCGACGGCGAUCUCCUGUUCUCCACCUCCAAGGAUAAGAUUGUGUGCGCGUGGUGGUCCGCCAACGGCGAGCGUCUCGGAACAUACAGCGGUCACCAGGGUGCCGUCUGGACAGUCGAUGUCAGCCCCAACACUACCCUCCUCGCCACCGGUUCUGCCGACAACACCGUGCGCCUAUGGAACAUCAAGACCGGCGAGUGCGUGAAGGUGUGGGACUUCCCCACGGCCGUCAAGCGCGUGGCAUUCUCUCCCGAUGGAAGCAGACUCUUGGCAGUGACAGAAAAGCGUAUGGGUUUCCUCGGCACAAUCGCGGUUCUCGACAUCAACUACGGCGAAAACCUGAACGAGCAGGCUGCCGAGCCCAGCCUGGUCAUCACCUGUGAGGAUAGCAAGGCGACCGUCGCCCAAUGGAGUUUCCUCGCCAAAUACAUUCUCGCUGGUCACGAAGACGGCAGCGUCAGCCAGUACGAUCCUAAGACCGGAGAAAUCGUCGAGAACAUCCAGAUCCACGAAUUCGACUCCGCAAUCACCGAUCUCCAGAUGUCCCCCGACAGACUCAGCUUCAUCACUGCCUCUAAGGACAAGUCCGCCAAGCUCAUCUCCUCCCGCAACCUCGCUAUCCUCAAAACCUACACCACCGACACUCCCCUCAACACUGCAAGCAUCACACCUAAGAAGAACUUCGUCAUCCUUGGUGGUGGUCAAGCCGCCAUGGAUGUCACCACAACCUCCGCCCGCCAAGGAAAGUUCGAGGCCCGUUUCUGGCACUCCAUUGUCGGCGAGGAAGUCGGCCGUGUCAAGGGUCACUUCGGUCCUCUCAACACUAUCGAUGUCCACCCCGCAGGCACCGCAUACGCCUCCGGUGGUGAGGACGGUUACGUUCGCGUCCACCACUUCGACAAGUCAUACUUCGAUUUCUUGUACGAGGUUGAGCGGGAGCACCUGCGCGAGCAGGCACGGAAGUAA